AUGGCGAAGGCAGCAGCAUUGCGGGUUAUGAUGCUGGCGAUGCUGGCGAUGCUGGUGGUGAGAGUAGAGGGCUCCAGCAACGACCAUGAGGAUGAAGCUGCCAGCGGAGAUCACGCGGAAGGAGUUGUUGGGGAGGAGACGUGGGGUGUGCAUGGUACGAUACCUCCCGAGGUGGUGAGUGAAUGGAGGAGAAAGGAUGUGAAGGAUGGCAGAGCAGUCCCUGAAGGAUCCUUCUUCGACCCUACCUCCUCCUACGUAUGGAGUGGGAAAGGGGCAGGAGUUCGUACCAUCGUGAACCCAGCGCGAUGGGUCAUGGGCCGGCGCACGCAGAGAAUGGACUUCAGCAAUGAUCACAGCGCCGAGUAUGCAGAUGGAGAAUGGUGGCCGUAUCGUCGUGGAGUGGCACCUGUGAAGGAAGGAAGCGGCUUCGGGUACAGGCAUGACAGGCGGCCCUCCGAGAGGGAGUCGGAGGAGGACUUGUUGUCGGGUAUCGUCAGGAGGUAUAACAACCCUACGUACGAUCCGUACAUGGAUCACUACUACAAGUUGUUGGUAGCAUCAAAGAGAGCUAGGAGCGUGAGAAACGCACAGAGAGCCAUUGGAAAACUGGAUGAGGAGGCGGCGAAGGCUCUGCCAGCGCUGGACUACAUGUUUCAUACAGGUCUUCCUCAACAGCGAGCAGACGUUGAUGAGCAAUGAACUUGCGGUUGUGCUCUUGCAGAGGUAUGAGAUCAGAUCAUAGGGACGGGUGGGUUGUAACGAGGGGGAACCUAUCGGCAUCAGUUAGUUGGACUUGUUUGUUGGCGUUUGACAGGACUGUGGUUUAUGGGAUAGAAGAAUUGUAGGAUGGACCGUCUUCAGCUCCUCCCUUCAGUACGAGUUGUGGGAUGAUACUCUCAUGACUUGAAGAUGCAUCGGAGAUUUAUAUCACAAACUUGCAUCCUG